UUAUACUGUGGCUUUUAUGGCGAGGAGAAACGUCUUUGGGCUCAGAAAAUAAGAAACACCUGACAGCGAUGGAGAUGUAUAACACGAGACAUAUUGAUCCCCGCAAAAAGAAAUGGGGAGAUGUAGUAAAUGUAACUGUGAAGAUAGAAGAAGUUGGGAAAUCAAAAGUUUUGUCGGUAUAUUGUCAAUUGAACGAGAAGGCCAAAUCUUUUGUGAAGAAUGUCGAAGUCUGGAUAGUAUGGUGGCGUGCUCGUAGUGGUGAAAAAUUCAAAAUGAUCGGAGGUGCUAAGAUCGGAGAUGAAGAAGAAAUCGGUAGUUACAAUGUCCGAUUCCAGCCCAGGAGGUACUUUAAGGAUAAAGUUCAGCCCUAUAUGAUGUGUGCUGUAGAGAACCAGGGCGGGCUGUCAGAUAUCAGUGGUAGUGUGACUGAUUGGCUGGAGAUUUUCUUUAUCCUGGAUCAAUGUGACUCCCCGGGACAGUUCCGCUGUCAGGCUCUGGCUAAAGUCUACAAUAAGAAUAAAGACCAGCCCCUGAGUGGGGAGUUAGCGGCCGACAAAGUAAAGGGAGGAUGGGCCGGCAAAUAUUGUUUGAGUCAGAAGAAAACAAAUAAAUAUAAAGAAGAAGAAAGGAAAUAUUUACAAAAUUUUGACCCGUUACCAGAUAUCUACAUGAGCUCAGUCAGAGAAAGCUUUUUCAAACAAGACUAUUUCUCGAGUGACAUGAACAAAGUUUUAACAGAAGGUAGUAACACGAUUAUGAAUGCAACAUUUAGACAAAGAGAUGGUUUGAAGUUUAUGGAUCUAAACUGUAAAGUGGAUGUGAAAAAACUGGAGAAAGAUGUUAGAAAGGUGUACGAGUUUUACAUAUUUUAUGUGCCUUUUCCGAAAUGGCCAAACGCUCGUGUGAUGCUGGCAGCCUUCGUGGCGGGAAAAUCUCUGUAUGUGAAAUCCUACAGAAUCCGUAUGUUUCCACAAUUUAAGAGAUUUCUUGAUGUAACCAAAAAGAGAUACUGGAAAGGCAAAGAGGGGCCUGGGACCUCUGCCUAUUUUGAGAUCUCUAUUCCUCUGGAUAUGUGUGACACCCUAACAGGAGCUUUCCAGUGUCAGGCGAAGAUCGUGGCGUCUGGUAUCAAAGAGGACGCGACAUUCACAAUGGUCAUAGGGUGGUACCAAAUAAAACACCGACUGUUCGUCACCAAAGAUGAAGAAUGCAAAGAAGAUACUAAGGACACCAGUGCUAUUAUGGAGCCUAAGAGAGAGGACGGAGAGAAACCUAACAUUGGCGCUAUCGCUGGUACUGUCUGCGGGGUGAUGGCCGCUGUCCUAGCCUUUGCCGGGUUUAUAGCCUUGAGAUUAAAAAUGAUGAAAAAAGAAAAGGAAAUUAGGGAGGGAGAAGUAGGUUUGAGGACAGGACAAGGACGUUUCAGUGGUCGAGGUCGUGGCCGGGGUCAAGGACGAGGUCGAGGACGAGGUCGGGGUCGGAGUCAAAGUCGAGGUCGCGGUCAAGAAAGUGGAAGAGGUCGUGGGAGAGGGUCAGGAGAAGAGAAGGUUACCAUGAAGAGCCAGUAGCUCAUGAUGUAGCUAAAGAUGAUAAUGUCACAGAGAACUAAAGGAGAAAACACAUUUUACGUCCUCUUUCUGGUAAUUCCAAAAAGCUACAGUGAACAACCUAGAAGGGGACAGACACGUCAUAAUAUUUAUAUUUGACCAAUUAUGAUCUAUGUGUAGAUAUUAACCUUAAAUUGUACUGAAAAAUUUCGUAAAUGAAAAAAUGAAAUAAUCAUGGUAUCAUAAGAUUAUGUACAUUGUACUUCAACUUUCAGUUUACCUUGUGUACAUAUAAGAAAAACAAGUAAAGAGGAAAGGAA